CCCAGGGGGCGCGGGUCCGGGGCGAGGGCCGGCUGGGCUGUUUGAUGGCUUCACUGAGAAGAGUCAAAGUGCUGCUGGUGUUGAACUUGAUCGCGGUAGCCGGCUUCGUGCUCUUCCUGGCCAAGUGCCGGCCCAUCGCGGUGCGCAGCGGAGACGCCUUCCACGAGAUCCGGCCGCGCGCCGAGGUGGCCAACCUCAGCGCGCACAGCGCCAGCCCCAUCCAGGAUGCGGUCCUGAAGCGCCUGUCGCUACUGGAGGACAUCGUGUACCGGCAGCUGAAUGGCUUAUCCAAAUCCCUUGGGCUCAUUGAAGGUUAUGGUGGGCGGGGUAAAGGGGGCCUUCCGGCUACUCUUUCCCCAGCUGAAGAAGAAAAGGCUAAGGGACCCCAUGAGAAGUAUGGCUACAAUUCCUACCUCAGUGAGAAAAUUUCACUGGACCGUUCCAUUCCGGAUUAUCGUCCCACCAAGUGUAAGGAGCUCAAGUACUCCAAGGACCUGCCCCAGAUAUCCAUCAUAUUCAUCUUCGUGAACGAGGCCCUGUCGGUGAUCCUGCGGUCAGUGCACAGUGCCGUCAAUCACACACCCACACACCUGCUGAAGGAAAUCAUUCUGGUGGAUGACAACAGCGACGAAGAGGAGCUGAAGGUCCCCCUGGAGGAGUAUGUCCACAAACGCUACCCCGGGCUGGUGAAGGUGGUGAGAAAUCAGAAGAGGGAAGGCCUGAUCCGCGCUCGCAUUGAGGGCUGGAAGGUGGCCACCGGGCAGGUCACUGGCUUCUUUGAUGCCCACGUGGAAUUCACCGCUGGCUGGGCUGAGCCGGUUCUAUCCCGCAUCCAGGAAAACCGGAAGCGUGUGAUCCUCCCCUCCAUUGACAACAUCAAACAGGACAACUUUGAGGUGCAGCGGUACGAGAACUCGGCCCACGGGUACAGCUGGGAGCUGUGGUGCAUGUACAUCAGCCCCCCAAAAGACUGGUGGGACGCCGGAGACCCUUCUCUCCCCAUAAGGACCCCAGCCAUGAUAGGCUGCUCGUUUGUGGUCAACAGGAAGUUCUUCGGUGAAAUCGGUCUUCUGGAUCCUGGCAUGGAUGUGUACGGAGGAGAAAAUAUUGAACUAGGAAUCAAGGUAUGGCUCUGUGGGGGCAGCAUGGAGGUCCUUCCUUGCUCACGGGUGGCCCACAUUGAGCGGAAGAAGAAGCCAUAUAAUAGCAACAUCGGCUUCUACACCAAGAGGAAUGCUCUCCGCGUUGCUGAGGUCUGGAUGGACGAUUACAAGUCUCAUGUGUACAUAGCGUGGAACCUGCCGCUGGAGAAUCCGGGAAUUGACAUCGGUGAUGUCUCUGAAAGAAGAGCCUUAAGGAAAAGUUUAAAGUGUAAGAAUUUCCAGUGGUACCUGGACCAUGUUUACCCAGAAAUGAGAAGAUACAAUAAUACGGUUGCUUACGGGGAGCUUCGCAACAACAAGGCAAAAGACGUCUGCUUGGACCAGGGGCCACUGGAGAACCACACAGCAAUACUGUAUCCGUGCCAUGGCUGGGGACCGCAGCUUGCCCGCUACACCAAGGAAGGCUUUCUGCACUUGGGCGCCCUGGGGACCACCACACUCCUCCCUGACACCCGCUGCCUGGUAGAUAACUCUAAGAGUCGGCUGCCCCAGCUCCUGGACUGCGACAAGGUCAAGAGCAGCCUGUACAAGCGCUGGAACUUCAUCCAGAACGGAGCCAUCAUGAACAAGGGCACGGGACGCUGCCUGGAGGUGGAGAACCGGGGCCUGGCUGGCAUCGACCUCAUCCUCCGCAGCUGCACAGGUCAGAGGUGGACCAUUAAGAACUCCAUCAAGUAGAGGGAGGGAGCUGGGGCACUGGAGCCUGGCCCCCAGGACAUGGCUGCUCCCUCCGACCUCUGGACCAGCCGCCCUGGUGGAGAGACAGCAAGGGGCUGGCAAGUACUCGACGGGCCCCCCAGGGCUUCUCCAGGGCAGCACAAGGACCCCGGAUGGAGACUCUGUCCCCCCUCAGGCAUUCAGCUGCCCACAAGUUUCCUGCACCCUGGAAAAGCCCCCCAACCCCUUCUCUGGGAAACCGAGAGCUGUCUUCCACAGCCUCUGAUGUGAACCUGGUACUGAGGAGCAAGACUGUCCAGUUCUCCUCCACAUCUCCCAUCCCAGAAUCAGGAUCUGGGACUGGCAGGGUCCCCUCCUGUGUCUCAUCUCUUGCAGCAGCAGAACUCCAGCCAUCAACACAGCGGGAGGCAGCGGGGGCUUCAGCCAUGCCCUAGCUCCCUGCCCUAAAAGGAGGCAGCGAGGACCGGGCACUGUUUCCUUCGAGGUUACUUCUGCCCACAUGACACCUGUCUGUUCAUGCCCCAAGGCAGCCGCGGCCCCUAACCCUUCCCACCAUGGUGGCUUUGGGUACUGCAGCUCUGGACUUUUUUGGCCCCUCCCGAGAUGACCUGGAUGGAGCUGAUGCUUUCUCUCCUAAUCACCUGGGCACUAGGCUCUUAUCAGUGUGCUUGGGCCAGCUCUCCUGCCUGUGUCUAGAGGAAGCCAGAGACAGAAAUAGGCUAAGCCUGCAGCAGGGUCUCAGCUGCGAGGGCCCCACAGGAUGGAGCUGGGUUGAGGACCAAGGAGCCCUGAUCCCGGAGGCUGCCACCGGGGAGCAGCACCGCUCCUCCAUCCAGAACCUAAGGGCUGAAGCAAAGGCUGCCAGGACCCUCGAAGAUGCUUUUGGCUCCCCUCAUUUCACCCCACGCUCUGCUGGCUGGCAGAGCAGAAGGCAGUCGUUUCCUCUCUGAAGAGUAUUAAUUUUUUUUCGAUUGCCCUCUGGUUAGGGUGCACAUAUAAAUCAGAGUUAAUAUAUGAACGCGUGUGCAUGCACGAGCGUGUGUGCGCCUGUGUGCUGUGUGUGGCAGAGUGUGUGUGUGUGUGUGUCUGGCUGUGCGUUCCAGAGCGUGCGACGAUGCUGACUUAGCUGUGUGGCCUUGGGCUUGCUGCUUCAUUACUCGCCUGGAUGGGGAUGAGGGAUGAGAAGGGUAUGGGUUUGGCCCCAUGUCACUGGCCGGAAGGAUGUGUCUCAGCCCUGCCCUGUGGGGUGCCCCCGAUGGGAGGCUGUCCCAUCUCCCAGUCCCCAUCUCUGUUCCCCACUCUGUCCCUGGACAAGCCCUGCCCAGAGCUGAACCCUGUAGCUGCCCCCUUGCCCUGUGUGGGAUUCACAGUGUCUCAUUUGGUGACAUCUUAUUGGUGACCAUCUCCUCACCCCAUCUCCCACCUUGUGGAAUAAAUACAUCUUAAUAGCACUUCCCA